UGAUAAAUUAGGCUCCUCGCCACAUGUCAAUUGAUCCCGAAACAAUUUUACAACAUCUUGAACAUUUUGAAGUGGGAAAAAUUGUUUUUCCCUAUCGCGGAAUCCCGCCAUCUUUAAUGCUAAAUUUUUACUCUCUAAAGAUUACAAAACCAAGAAAACAUGGCGGACACUCAGCUGGCACAAGGUGUAAACGGGAACGUUGCUGACGGCGGACAAGCCAAUGGGGCGGCACAGCAAGAACAAGCAAGACCCGGGGUAUGGUCAACACUGAAAUCCUUGGCGGUGCGAAUGCUUAUCAUUUACAUGAUCAGCAGUUUCUUCAGGAGAGGAACAACACCACCAGCCAAUUCAACAGAUGAAAAAGGAGGGAAAACCCCUUAUGCUCAAAAUAUCUAUUCUAAAGGCAUGCAUAUGGACAUGUAUAUCUUCCUGUCGGAACAAGAGGAGUUUACUGAUUUUGACAAUAAAGAGGCACUAUUCUGGGUACAGAAAGGUCUGGAGUAUGGGGACUGGAUCAGUGGACCUAAUGGUGAUGGUUCCUAUGUCAUGGAGAGCAAAGUCCAUACACCACAAAGUGUGAUAAACAAUGGGUCAGUCUAUCUUCAUUGUUACUUUGUGAAAGAGGGUAAAUCUCCUAACCCUAAGGAUAAGGGGAAGUACUCGAGGAAAUUUACAGUGUCCAGGUCAAAACGUCUCAAUAGAUAUAAGAAAAGAAGAUACCAAAAAACUGCGAAUUUAUUGACGGGGGAAACAGAAGUGCACCCGGAUCUCAUUCAGACUGAAAAUAGAAGUUCUUUUGAGAUUCUGAACUACUGGCAUCCAAACCUGACUAUUAAUCUGAUGGAUGAUCAUUCUCCCUGGAUGAAAAGUCAUGUACCACAACCUCUUGAUGAGUAUUUGGAGUUUCUACCAGGCACUGACAAAUACCAGCCAAUACUGUACUUCAAUGAUUACUGGAACCUGAACACUGACUAUAUGCCAAUCAAUCAGACAACACCUGUGUUGAACCUGACUAUAACUUACAGUCCAAUCUCCCUGUUUAAGUGGCAGAUGUAUGCUGCCCAGGGCAUGAGAAAUAAAUGGUAUGGGAUGUUAGGAUCAGACUUCAUGGAGGAAUCAGAUGAAGAUCAGGACAGCCUCAAGACCACAGUGUUGGAGACUAAUCCAUACCUUCUGGCUUUGACUGUCAUUAUAUCCAUUGUUCACAGUGUCUUUGAAUUCUUGGCAUUCAAAAACGACAUACAGUUUUGGAAGAAUCGUAAAUCCUUAGAGGGUUUGUCCGUGCGGUCUGUGUUCUUCAAUGUCUUCCAGUCCUUUAUUGUCGUCCUGUACGUGUUGGAUAAUGAAACCAACUUCAUGGUCAAAGUCAGCGUCUCUGUUGGUUUGGUCAUUGAAAUGUGGAAAAUUACCAAAGUUGUUACAUUUAAGAUUGACAGAGAAAACCUAUGGUUUGGAGUUAUUCCACGUGUGACUUAUGAAGACAAAUCUACAUAUACGGAGUCCAACACCAAAAGAUAUGAUACGAUGGCAUUUAAGUACCUCUCCUGGUUGCUUUUUCCCCUGCUGGUUGGAUAUGCUAUAUACUCUCUGUUGUAUCUGGAACAUAAGGGCUGGUAUUCAUGGGUGCUUAGUAUGAUUUAUGGAUUCUUAUUGACGUUUGGUUUCAUUAUGAUGACACCCCAGCUGUUUAUCAAUUACAAGAUGAAGUCUGUUGCUCAUCUUCCCUGGAGGAUGAUGACUUACAAAGCACUCAACACUUUUAUAGAUGAUAUAUUUGCAUUUGUUAUUAAGAUGCCUACGCUGUACCGGAUCGGCUGUUUUAGAGAUGAUGUGGUAUUUUUCAUCUUCCUUUAUCAGCGAUGGAUUUAUCCAAUUGACCCAACUCGGCUGAAUGAGUUUGGUACUAGUCAAGAAAUGUUUGAGCAGAAUGGCAAAGCUGUUGUGGACCAAUCAGAAACAGAGUCACCACAAGCCAUCAUGGAUCAGUCAAAACCUGAAGAAGACUCGGAUAUACCAACAGAAAAAUCUGCUGAGGACAAAAAGAAAGACUGAUGGUCAAUAAUCGAUGUUGUAUUUGUGAUACUGAGUGAUCUCAUUAGUAUACACAGGUAUAUAUUAAUGAAUGUGGUACUUAGAUCAAGUUCAAAGGGAUCUGUGAAUUUUGUUGUUUGAGCAAAUGUUGUGUUCAUCUGAUUGCUGCCAUGUUGGAUUACUCAUAAUCAUGAUAUAUGUGUCACCUACAUGUACAUCGAUGUUGUGAUGGGGUGUCACAGUGAUGAACAAGGUUUGAAUUCACUCCAAUCCUCUGAUAUAAGAUCAAACUUUAACUUUCUUCAUGGUUAUAAACUAUUGGUUCUUUGGAACUCAUUUACAACCUGCUUUCUAUUUGAAUUAUAAUGUUAACGAUAUUGUGUCCAAUUUAUCUGAUAUUUGAUGUUUCAAUAACAAAAUAAUUCUGUUUUGAUAUUCAGUAUUUUUAACAAUGACUUAUUGCAAAGCGUUAUAUUAACUUGUACCACUUUGCCAAAAUUUUGAUUAAUUUUACAGCAUCUGCAAGGAGUGUUAGAAGUGUGCAAUGACUGCGAAAUGCAAAGUUGAUUUUAGAAAAAUAGGAUUAAUUUUUACAAGUUAUAUUGUGGUAUGUUAUUAUCGUCAACAUUUUUUCUCUUCAAGUGUUGCCAUAACUUCUAAAGAAAUCCUUCAAAACUUACAAAAUCAUGUGACUACAAUCUUUCUUCACAGUGUGAUGUUGCAUUCAUGUACACGUGUAUUUAUUUUUAUUCAUUUGCAGAUUUUAUACUUGCGUAUAUGCCUAAUGUAAUCAGUUAUGUAUUAGAUAAAAUAUUUGGAUUUUUA